ACCAAGUAUUUUGAGCUGACCUCGCGUUGCUCGCUCAACACUGCCAUUCGGGCUCCAAUGCGCACAUGAAGAUGCAUGCGCUCGCGUAAUUCGUCCUCCCACGCGUCUUUUCCACAUCAACACAAUCGUCAACAACCACACGCGCAUCUUCCCCGCCAAGUGGUACACCGCCGACCGCAAACAUGAGCCAGCCGUGGCUCGAAGAUCUCUCUGAGGAGUGGAUCGCGCAGCCCAUACCGUCCAGCGCGCCCGAAGCGCACGACGGACCCUCCCCACAAACAUCACAACGCGUGUCCGCGAAGCUACAGAGUCGACUUCCCCGCAUGCGAUCAUCGUCCGGCUCCUUCUCCGAGAUUCGCGUCCGAAAUGUCGCCAAUGAUCUGCGCCCGCCGAAACGAAGGAGCGCGCUGGUCGAGCGGAGCCUCAGCGACAACAACAUCCCAUCCGCCGACGCGUCCUACAUUGCCUCCGUCCGCGGCGCGUCGCGUUCCUUCUCCGCCGCCUCGCUCGAUUCCUUCGCCUGCGAGGGAACAGUCGCACAGAAGCCGGUAUUGAAAUCAUCGUCCAACGACAAGUCCUCCAACGAUACACCGGAAUGGAGGCGGAGGCUGCUGGAGGGCAAGAUUGGAUACGGCGACCAGAAGGAUCUGUUCAGUCCUAUGGGGCUUGAAAACAUCUUCCAAAAACCCAAUGGGCCGGCAUCAGAGGAGAAGAUGCCCAAGCGAAGAGGCGGUAUGCUCAAAGGUCUCAGUGCUAUGCCCUCAAGUCCACCGCCAUGGUCUGCGCAAGAGGAAGACUCAGUGCAGGACAGCUCGGCGCAGGACGGCUCUGUCAUCCAGCACGCUGGCCCAGCUCGAAACGGUGCGUGUGAAGCACCCGCACAGGAGCGUUCUGAUUCCAUCGUUGAAGACUCGGACUUGAAGGGUAUUGAGCUGUCGGCGGACUCGCUCCAAUUUGAGCAGGGCCCGCCUCGCACCGUAAGCGGCCAGAUCGAAUACGAAAACGAGAACUUCAGUCCAGUCUAUUUGAGCCAACAUUUCGGAGUUAGCGCUCCACGGGACCCUAUCCCCAACUUUAGAGGAUCAGAGCUUGCCAAUCGGUUGCGACACCUUGGCUCACCGCCUGAGCAGCACAAUUUGUCGGUGCCUGAGGAGGAGUCUAUCAUGCAAAGCCAUCAAGAUUCAUCUCUUUCGCGAAUCCAAGACGACUCGCUCCCCGAAGACCUGCCAGCUGGGACGCCUAGUAUCGCGGAUAUAACAGACGGCGUGGGGCGUUUUGUUGAGAUGAAACGCGGGGGUUAUUCAAGAGACGGUUCAUUCCGCAGACGGCCCUUGAGCCCUUCUCCGGAGAGGACCAAGAAACAAAGUGGGCUACGCACUGAAACAAUACCGACAGUGAGUGUGAGCGCGACCGCAGCGCCCGAGUGCGCCAUUGAAGAAGACGCUGUGUCUCCAAAAACACCACGGCGCAACGCUCAGUCCAACAACUUAAGCCCAGAACGAGCAAAAGGUUCUGGCAGUCCUUUAAAGCUCUUCGACGCCCACGAUACCUUCACAAGCAAUCGCCUACAAAGACGGCUGAGUCAACUAGAGUACAAGCCUGACAAGCUUGACGGAUCUGUCACCAGCAGCGUGCGGACUAACAAGAUCGAGGUCACCAAGGUUCACAAGGAGGUGCGCUUAACAUCAGUAGAAGAAGUCAGCAUGCAAAAUGACGGCACAAGCCCGGCCUAUCCGCAACGACGCCAGGUCAGUACGUUCGGCGAAGGUGACCUGAACCAGUACCAGUUCUCUGGUGACUUCUCAAUUAUGUCGUCGAAUGAUGGUGAAGACAGUGCACCCGAUGAGUCUCCCUCUAUGGACGUGGCACCUCCAGGUAGUCGGCCGGCGCUCAGAUUCGAAUACAACGCCUCUCCCAUCUCGCGAGCGCCAUCCCAGGCACGAAGACCUGUAUCGACCCGUGUGGCGAGCCACUAUCGAGUACCGAGUCGUUCAAUACCCCAGAUCGUUCGCCAGACAUCAAGCUCUACCAGCCCGGAGGACUUCGAGGAAGUGUCUCACGAGUAUGCUGAAGGUAAACGAGGCCCUACAUCGCCGUUCAAGAAUCCUACUCCCAAACGCCGGAGAACGAUUCAAAAGGAUGACGAGGACUUCAUUCCGGCUAUUGGCCUUCAGCCCAAGCCUGAUUCUCGCGCCGCCACACCGUCACUCAGUGGCCGGAAACGCAAAGACGCUCGCCACGACACCUCGAACAAUGUCGCAGAUCCAGAAAUCCUUGCACGUCGACACAUCCUGAGGCCUCGAAAUCCGACUCCUAGUCAGCGGCGACUGGACGAACUUCAAGCCGAUAUCCUUGAGGCCACCGAAGCUUUCAUACACUCGUCGCCUAAGAUGAAUACCAUUCGGGAGCAUAUAGAGCCUAUGAACGAAGAGGACUCACUGGCGGAUGAGGAUCGUGCAGCCAUUGUCGCCGAAGAAGUGGCCGCUUUCAGCCUCGAAAGGCAGCAAGGGAUGCGGGAUGAGAGCCGGAAGCGUUCCGUCACAACGCAGGAUUUUCUAGCGGAAGCCGUGAAGAUCAUGGAUUUCAUACGCGCAAAAGGAAAGCCCGCAAAUGGAUUGGGUAGCCUUGAAGAAUCCGAAUCCGAGAACCCCGCAGCCUUCGAUAAGCCCGACUACCCGUCAAGCUCGUUUACAUUCGACAGACCCCCUAGCCGAGAAGGACGCGAGUCAGCUUGGAAGGAUCCGAACAAGCCUGAGCUCGACUCUCAGAAGAUGAGCCAUCUUCGCAAAUAUCAAGAAAAGGAGUCCGAUGAGUUUGCUGGUUCUUCAUUCCGUUCUUUCAGGGUCUCACGCAUGCGAGGUGUUUCGGGACAGGAAGAAAAUAGUGUUAUUGUGGAGCAAGACGGCAUUCGUAUCACCGACAACCUCAACAGGAAUAUGGACCCGACUCCGGAAAGCAACCACGCCAACUCUCAGGGCAGGACGAACCAUACCAUGAUGUCAUCAAUGGGAAAUACCGUUGCCACGAGCACUUCGCGAAAAUCUGACCAUGUGAACACCUUGGCACCUCAAGCUGUAGCACACUUGAUCCCACAAGAGGUAGCAGGCAUGAGUUUCGAUCCAGAAAAGAACAUAUGGGUCCGCCAGAAGAGUCCCUCCCGAGAGCACCCCUUCGUGGAGGAGCAUAGUGGGACCAACGAGAGCGAGGAUGACCCCUUUGGCAAUAUUCCGGACCUCACUGUGGAUGAGACUGCGGAGCGGAUGAUGGACAAACCCUCGCCGGUACGACCACAAGCUACAGCAGAGACUUUCCUCGAGGAUACAGAAGAGACACCACGGGCAUUCGACGACAAGGCGCGCCCAGUCACCCGAGAUGGCGCGGCCACUGUCAUGACUGAUAGCAGCUCGGCCCCGUCCAAGGUUUCCAACUUCCAAUGGAGCUUCCCCAAGACCGAAACGCGCGCCACAUCUUACAGUGAUCAAGAGACAGUGAAAGGCGGCACGCAGAAGAUUCAUCAACUCCCUCCAAUGACCUACACGAUUCCCGAAUCUGACGAAGACGAUAUAGAGCACGAGAUCAAAUACUUCGAAGGUCGCGCAGCACAGUCGUCUGCACGGGAUGCUCGAGUUCGGAAUGUCACCAUCUCGAUCGCAGAGCAAAACUUCAACGAUCUGCGUAGACAUGCGGACAACACUGCUAGUCCGCCAAAGCAGUCUGCUCGUACAUGGAGCGCAGUCAAUCACCGUCAACAAUCUUCCCCACCAAAGACGUUCUGGCGCAGCAAGGGCGUACAUACACUCCCCCAUCGUCCCACUCCAAAUGCUAUCUUUGAAGACGCAGAUGAAUUCCCCAUUCUUGAUGAGCGGCCGGCAAAGAAUUACCGCAUGCAACUAUCGAUGAGCGUGUCAGCCCCAGUGUUGAGCAAGAACGAUGCGCUUAUGCCUGCACCGUCAUCUCCGAUGAAAGGAGACGUAACAUUCAUGCUCAGCGACCUACCUGAGUUCACGCUCAACCAGGUUGACGAGUGUGAGAUACCAGAUAGGGUCGUGAUCAAACAUGACGGCUAUAAAUUCUCCAAAGCACUCGAAGAUCGAUAUGCACUCGGCACCGCAGAUUUGGUCAAGGCAUUGCAAGAUGUCGAACCAAAUGAACCGUACUGGGAGGACCUUCGGGAGGUCGACCUACAUGGAAAGCGUCUCGAGAACCUCCAUCGCCUGGACGAUUUCUGCUACCGACUCGAGGAGCUGAACGUGUCGGACAACAAGAUCAACCAAGUCAAAGGUAUCCCGUAUACAAUGCGUAGGCUUUGGGCACAGAACAAUAGUCUUACUGGAUUGACAUCGUGGGUGGACCUUUCGAACCUGCAGCAUUUAGACAUCUCAGGCAACGAUAUCGACAGUCUAGAUGGCCUUAGCGACCUGGUCCAUCUUCGGACCCUCAAGGUCGAUGACAAUAAGAUACAAUCGCUCCACGGCAUCAGCUAUCUCGACGGCCUGAUGGAGCUGAGUGUGGCGAGAAACGAGAUCAAAUUCGUGGACUUUGCGCAGGCGAAUCUUAAAUCUCUGACAGACCUCAAUUUACGUGGAAACAAGCUAGAGGAAGUACGGAACGUGCACCGCUUGCCCCAGUUGCAGCAUCUCGAUCUAGAUGACAACUCUAUUGCAGAGUUUCCAAUUUUCGAUGAGACAUAUGAAUGCUGCAAGGCGCUACGCUCGCUUCGCAUUUGCGGCAACGGAAUGACCUUGCUUGAUGUGAACAAUUACUUUCCUAGGUUGGAGUCGCUCUAUGCCGAUCGCAACUCGCUUACGAACGUGGAUGGUUUAGAGGAUCUACACCAUUUGCGGACAUUUUCAGCGCGCGACCAAUCUCCACGGGCCGAUCCGAACGCGGUAACCUGUGUUGGCAACUUUCUGAGGAACCCUGACGUUCGCAACCUAUACAUUUCGCUCAACAUGACCCAAGGUUUCGGACUUUCGCAACAUCUGCUCAACCUCCAGCGGCUAGAACUAGCUUCGAUGGGCCUCAAAGAAUUGCCAGACGAUUUUGGACAGUUAACGCCGAAUCUUCGAUCCGUCAAUCUCAACUUCAAUUCCAUCAAAGACCUUCGACCAUUGUUGAACAUCAAGAGGCUGAAUGAGCUUUUAGUGGCUGGCAACAAACUGGCGCGUCUGCGAACGAAUGCGAUGGUUCUAGGAAAACUAACUACCUUGACAAAGCUGGACUGGCGCGACAACCCUCUCACUGUUCGCUUCUACGCCCCGGCUUCUGAGAACCGCAUCAUGUCGUUGCGACGAAAGCCCUCGGACGAACAAACCACCGACCGUUUUGUGCUUCCCUCGGGCGACGUAAAAGAAGACGAUCAAUACCUAUCGCGAUUGGACUAUGAGACACGUAUUAGGCGACGUGUAACGGAGAUGAUGCUCGCAAACUUCUGCAGAAAUCUACGCGAUCUGGAUGGGCUUCCCUUCGAAAAAGCCCGUGUCCUCGUGAAAGACGAUGUCUGGGAGCGGCUACUUUACCUUGGAGUUAUUCAGCGGAAGCAGCCGGACACCACUGACGAAAUUACCGACUAAUGAUGAUAAUGAGAUUACUUUUGAGAGAUCCAGCAGCGCUGGGGAAAGACAGAGUGUGCCGCGCGGGGCGUGUUUCGCGGAGGAGAGAUGCGCUCUGCAUGGUGCGAACGCCAAUCGUGGCUUGGACAUUUUGCGUUUUGCGUUGCUUGCUUUCCGAACAUGGGUAGCGUGGAGUAUCGGGUACGUGAGCAUUUUAGGUGUACAUUUUAGAGCGCUUCUAAGCGUGGGGCGGG